UAGCGGGUUCGUCCAGCGGGCACGGACGGGCCGAGAUAUUCAGCAGGUUCGCUGGCGACGUUGUUGGUUGGCUGGCCAAGGUUAGACCGGGAGGUGCGAGGAGAGAAGAAAAGGGUGAUCGGGAGUAGAGCGGGAAGGAGGCGAGCAUCGGCGUCGCCGUUGUUUUUUAAAUAAAAAAGGGGCCAGUGCUCAGCACUCGCGCACAGUGUCGUGUUCGCGAUCGAGCUGGAGAAGUGUCGUGCAGCAGGACCUCGGUGACACCGGACAACAGACUUCCUACCAAUUGCCAGUUGCGAAUUGCCAAUCAGGGCCAAUUGUUAUCGAGAUAGACGAAGCUCGAGAUGACGAGCCCCCUCAUGAGGAUGUGCUUGCGCUCGGUCCUCCUGGGCCAGAGGAGCCUGCUCGAGAGGAAAGUCGGGCCGAGCCUAUGUGCCGGACUCCUGGAGCAAACUCCUUAUGGGAGCGUCUCGCAGCAGAGGCUCGAACACACGAUUCGCAAGAUGAGCAACGGUAAGCGCAGAGUUCAUCAGAUAAGGAGGUCGGCAUCUCUCGACGAGGACCAGAAGAGCGACGAAGAGAGCGACAGUGACGACGAGGAGUCUAGAAAAGAAUUUUCGAGGGCGGAAUCUCAUUUCUGGAGACAAAAAAUGAGAACGUUGCAUAGUCAUUUGGAUGUUGAUAAGGAUGGAGUCCUUAGCUACGAUGAUUUUAUGCUAUUGGGGAAAAGGUUUGCAAAAUUGGGACACCUUACAACUGAGCAGAAGGACGAAUUCCAAGAGGUUUUACGCAAAAUGUGGAUUGAGCAGUGGGGUGAAAUUAGUCCAUAUAAUCUCGUUGAUGUUGAAAAGUAUCUUCGAGAAAUGCAUCACGUUCUUGAGGAUAAAUCAUUGAGAGAAAAAGUACACAGUUUCUUACCGUAUUUGUUUAAAGCUGUCGAUAAGGACAAGAGUGGGGAAAUUUCAGUACAAGAAUUUAAACUCUUUUUCAAAUGUCUAGGAUUAGAUAAUGACCAUGCUGUAAUUAGCUUUACUUUUAUCGAUACCAACGAAGACGGAAAGAUCAGUCUGAAAGAGUUUGUCAAAUUAGGACGAGAUUUCUUCCUAACUCAGGACCAUUCAAGGCCCAGCAAACAUUUUUGGGGACCAUUGGUUGAUUAAUAAAUACAAUGGCUUUAUAACGUUAGUCAUUCGCAGUGAUAUAUUAUUUACCUUUAUUUAAUAAGAUUCUUUCGUGCACUUUGACAUAUUGAUGCUCUUCUAGUACCAACGGGUACUUCAAAAACUUAUCCUUAUCCAUUCUUUUAUACUUAGGCAUAUAUUUAUAUUUACAACAUGGAAAAACAAAUUUUAUAUCAUUUAAUGCGCCGAUAAUGCCACAUUUGGUAUUAUAAUACCAUGCAUCGUGCUACAUUAAAUGUUUCGUAAAAGCUGUAUGUUUUUUAUAAUAAAAUUAACGAUCGACUG